AAGUGGGAGAGCGCCAUUCUGUUAAGUGACGACAAACGUGCUCGCAUUUCGCGAUGUUGUUUUUCUGUCCGUCUUGCGGCAAUAUAUUAAUUAUAGAAGAGGACACCUCCAGCCACAGAUUCACGUGCAACACCUGCCCGUAUAUAUCCAAAAUCAAUCGCAAGAUAUCAACCAAAACCUACCCACGUCUUAAGGAAGUUGAUCACGUUUUGGGCGGCAUUGCAGCCUGGGAGAACGUGGACUCCACGGACGCCGAGUGUCCGGCGUGCUCACACAAGCGCGCGUACUUUAUGCAAAUUCAAACGCGCUCAGCGGAUGAACCGAUGACCACAUUCUACAAGUGCUGCAAUCAUCAGUGUGGUCACAACUGGCGGGAUUAGGAUUAGAGAGAGAGAGACAGAUAGA